AUUUUGUAAACAAUGUGCACGUGUUGUAGAUGUCGAGCAAAUUAAAAAUAAAUAAAUAAUUUAAACUGGAUUUUAAUUGACAAAUAAUAAACGGAUUUUGCACAACAUGGCUGCUAUAACAGAAAAGUCAAAGGAAACAAAUACGUUUCGGUUUAAAUCGUUUACCGAUCGCGUGAAUGAGAUUGACUUGCGGCACCUGGCGCUAUAUCAUAUAGGCCACAAAAAUGAGCAACUCGAAGAAGUGGAGAAUGAAACGUACUUCCAGCAGACGCUGCAGAAGUGGAACGUGCUCAAUCUGACCGAGGAGUACAACUACUUCAGCAAGCGAUGCCGCAACAUUGUCACCCUGCCGCAACUGUUACACCAGAAGGACUUUGUCAUUGACCUGCUAUUGGAACGUUUGUCCACAGCCACAACUUUGUCACAGCAGCCGCUACUGGAGCUGAUCUAUGUGCUUGCACGCGAUUUGCGCGAGGAGUUCUAUGCCUAUUUCCAACGUGUGCUAGACCGUCUGAUAUGCCUUCUGAAUACCCAAGAUGCGGAACAACUCGAAUGGACGCUUAUCUGUCUUGCGCAUUUGUUCAAAACACUCAAGUCCUACUUGAAGCGAAAUAUUGGCGUUGUCUUCAACGCCAUUCUACCGCUGCUGGACGAGCAGAACUAUGCUGACCAUGUGACCAACUUUGCCGUCGAAUGCUUCGCCUUUAUAGCGCGUGAUGUCCGCGAUUUUCCACGUUUCCUCACGUACGUACUCAAAACGGUGCUGCGCGAGCAAGUGGAGAGCGUCCACGGCUGCGGAAGGCUGCUUUAUGAGAUUCUCCGCGGCGUCAAUGGUCAUCUGCAUAUAUGCGCCGGCGAUCUUCUGGCCCAUGUUCUCGAGGUGCUCGUCAAUGCGGACGCCAGUCACACCAAUGCCCAGACAUCACUACUGGCGGACAUUGUGCAGCAUAGCUUUGGCCUCUUGCUAAAUUUUCUGACCGCCGACCAAAGCGUCGUCCUCUGGCAACAACUAUGUGGCGCCGUCUCUAAACCGGACCUGAGCGUGACGGCAACUAUGCAACUGCUUGACCUCAUUCUGCCGCUUAUCAACCACAAGGAUGGACGAUACAUUGCAGAGCUGUCACUGUUGGUGCCCACAGUGUUGAAGCUGCUCGACCGACACAUGGCCGUUGGCGCUGAGCCACUGCAGCAGCUCAGCACGCUGGUCAGCAGCCUACUGCAGGCUCGACAAACGCAGCUCAGCCAACUAGAUGCCAGCCGACUGCUGCAGCAGCAGCUUAAGGUCAACAAAGUUUCCCGUGUGGUUUACAAGGACUUUAUUCUUCAGAUGCUGGACUACAAACAAUUUGAGCUGUUGGUGCUGCCACACGUUGUGGCCCACUACGAGGAGCAUCUCGACUCAAAUACACUGGAACUUCUGGCGCGGAUUGUUCAGCAUAAAAGGCCACUGUCCGUUGACGCAAACAGUAUCUCCAGCUGGCAAGCAUACCCAAUGCAGCUGAAACAUGCGAAAACAAUGGAGAACGUGGAACAACAAUUGCAGCACAUUGAUGUCAACGAGGAGUCGCAUCUCUUGCUGCUCCUGCUGCUGCCUCAUCUGCGCGGUUUCAACAAGCAGCCACUGGAGAGCAGUCUGCAGAGUUCUAUAAGGGAACAGCUUGCAAGUACUUCGCCAGAUUGCUCCCUGCUGCUGCUUCUGCUGCAGAUCCACACUCUGCUGAAGUUCAAGUUGCCCCAGGAGCUGAGUAAGCAACUGCAGCAGACUCUGCUGCCGACUGUGGGCAGUGAUCUGCGAGCAUUGGCCUGUCUGCAGCUCAUCCUUUUGAAAACAGACAGGGGUGGACUGGAGGACAGCGCCAUGGAGUCCAUUUUAGAGAUUGCAUCGAAACUACUAAGUCAACCCGCAUCGCAGUGCCGUCGCAUGGCUGCACAUUGUCUGGAGUUGCUGGGUGCUCUUCGAGGCAAAAACAAUCCCUAUGGAUACUUUGCAGCCGCCUGCUCCAUUGAGCCAACAGUGCACAAUUACAGGGAUCUGCUGCUGCAGCUGCAGCAACUGGAACCAGCAUCUGCUCAGUUCAAGCAGUACGCCCAGCUGUCUCACUUCAAGGAGCAUGCGGUCAGCCUCCUGCUCGGAUUACUAUACAACAACUUCAAGUUCGUGUGGGCGCCGGUGCAACAGCUUUUGGCGGAAUAUGUCAAGGUGAUGACCACGGACGAGUUCUGGAGCAUAUUCAAGGCCAAGUUGCUGCAGACAAUCGAGUACAUUGACUACAACAAGGAGGUGACUGCAUUGGAGCAACCUCCACAGCGUAGCUACAACUCCGGAGCCCUUAGCUCGUUGUUGCCACUAGAAGAGUCCCAGCAACAGAUAACUCUCCAACAGGCAUUGAACUACCGCCAACUGCUUUGGCAGUGCAUCCCAAAGCUGGGCAACAUUGCCGAAGUCAAGAAUGCGGAUCUGGUGCGUCUUUUCCUGCAGUUUGUGGACCGCGAGUAUCAGGCGCAGUUGGAGCGUUCAGAACACACUUGGAAUCUAGUAGAGACAACGGGCGAUGAGGCGAUCGAUGCGGAGGAUGUGGACAACGAAAAUGCAGAGAUUGCAACACAGACGACACCUGCCAAGGGGCGAAACAAGAGGAAAUCGCGUAAUCUGCAUGCCAAGUUCAUUUUGCAGACACUACAGUUGAAGUUGGGCUGCUUUGUCUCUCAACCGAAUCCAAAGGCGCUUCAUCGGGAGCCAGAGAUGCACGAGUUUUAUCUGGAGCUUCUGGCUGGUCCCAACUCGCAGCUGCAGCAGCUUGCUCUGGACUGUCUCUGCGCCUACAAGCAGCCAUCGGCGCUGGUGCAGCACAAGACGCAGUUGUCGGGCCUCAUCGAUGAUGCCAAGUUCAAGGCCUCGCUGAGUGACUUCGAGUUAGCCAAUCUGGCUCAGCAGCAACGCUCCGACCUGAUGCCAUUCAUUCUCCGCGUGCUCUACGGACACCUGACCAGAGGCGGAGCGCGACAGUUGAGCGGACAACAGAGGAAGACACUCAUCCUGCGCUUCCUUGGCCAGCUGGAGGAGGAGGAGAUUCAGAGCUUUUUGAGAAUGGCCUUCAGUCGCUUUGCCGACUACACGAGUCAGCCCAUCGAGCUGCUGGUGACCCAUGUGCGGACGCAGUUUGUGCCGACAGCUGUAAUUGCUGCACGCCAGCUGCAGAGGAUCGUCAAUCUGCUGGAGCUGAUACGCAAGGAGUUUGCAGGUCGCUUGAGUGUGGACUUUCAAGUCUACGUUCUGAAGCUAUUGCUCCUGGUGGGUGCUGUUUCCCAGCAAGUGAUCGGGGGCCAAGUCGAGGCUGGCAGACUGAUGAAUGCCUACAAGAAUGUGCGACAUGGAGCACUGCAGACGCUUGUCAACUACUUUGAUCAGCUGGUGGACAUGUCGGAUCUGUGGCAGACAGAGCAGUUGAAGGCCAUUUGUGAGGUCUUCGUCUGGCCUGGUCUGGCACGCCUCUCCCAGGACUCAAUACACGCGCCAACGCCUCUGCUGAAACUGCUCCUCCUAUGGGGUGGCGAGCCACGCUUCCAAUCCUGGCUGCAAAGACGUCCCUCCUCCGAUUCGCCGACCAUAAUGCAUCAUCUGAUGGCGCUGCUUCUGAACGACAAGGCCAAGCAGGUGGUGCGACGUGCUUUGCUGCAGCUGGUGGAACAGCUGCUGGAAUGCGCCAACACGGAGGAGCAUGGAGCACAGGCACUGGCCAUACUUCAGCCCCAUAUACCUGACAUCCUUCAGCUAAUGCAGGCCAGCUGGCGGCACAAGAAGGCCGGCAAACAGACGCUGGACAAGCGUGAGCUCAACAUUCUCAGCCUGCUGACGGUGCACGUCCAAGAGCCUGACACCUGCGAGACAUUGUUGCAUCUGCUGCUGCCCAUCUUCACCAAGCAGGCGGCCAGUGCGAGUGGCGAGUCUGUGCUGCAAUUGAUCACGACGUUGUCGAAUCUCAGUCAGCGUGUGCCCUCUCCCCAUGAUUAUGUACGUCAGCUGUCGCCUUUGUUCGAGCAGGUGCACGUCUUGCCGGCUCGCAAACUGCUCUGUGAGAUGCUCGCCGAGAUGGCCAAGCGACUGCACAAGCAGGCAAAGCAGCAGCCGGAACUGCAGUCCGUCUCAGAGAAGAUGCGGGAAUGGGCACGAAUUGUUCUCUUGCUGAAUGCGUGGGACAAGCGCUGGCUGGAGCAACCCGACUAUGACAAGCGUCUCCAGGCACUCACCGAGCUGAAGCAGCAGCUGCAGGAGCCGAAGGAGGAUAAGCAGGCUACCUUUGAUCUGGAACUGGGACUCCUAGUGACCUACAAUUGCUUCUACAUGUUGCGCCACGUCUCGGAUCUGGGCAUGCGCGUCAACAUUGGUGAGCUGCUGAAGCUGUUGUUUCCCCAUCUGACACGCCAACUGCAACUCUGCCCCAGCCAGCCCCAGGAGCAACUGCGUCUCUGGCUGGAGGAGUGUGUACUGCCGUUGCUACAGCGAUCGCUGCGCGAGGAGCGAUUUGAGCAUGCACGAAGUGAAGCCAUUGGAUUGCUGGGUGAACUGGCUCGACAGUGUCCCCAGGCGCAUGACGUGCUGCGGGAUCUGGCGCCGUUGGCAGAUCGCCACGACGUGGAGGUGGACUUCUUUGAAAACAUGCUGCAUUUGCAGACCCAACGACAUGGGCGUGGCCUGCAGCGAUUGGUCAAUAUCGCUGGGGGCGCCACCUGGCGUUCAACGCCGCCUUGUGCCCGCACCUUAACCCAGUUCCUGAUGCCGCUGGCCACGCGCUAUCUGUUAAGUGAGAAGCAUGCGGGUAAGCACACGCUGGUGGAUGCAGCCAUCGAGGCGGUGGGCGUGAUGUGUGAACUCCUUCCUUGGCAGCAGUAUCACGUCGUGCUGCGCCAUUACCUGCAGCGUCUGCGCCAGGCGCACUCCCAGCAGAAGCAGUGCGUCCGCUUGGUGGUGCGUGUCCUCGACGCCUUCCACUUUGAUCUGACCAAUGCGCAUGCCGAUGUCUCUGCGCUGUCCCAGCUCAAGCAGAAGCUCUCCGAAGCGACUGAGCCUCAGCCAACGGAGCAGAAGGAUGAGGAAUCUGAGGAUAAGCCCAUCAAGGAGGAACUGCCCGGAGAUGGCGGGGACAUUGACUUCGAGGUCGACAAAGACAAGUCGGAGGAUGCCCUGGAGGAGGAGGAGCAAACAAAGGAGCGACAAGUCAAGCAACAUCUGGCACUGGCACCCAAUGCAGCCAAACGUGUGAUGGCCACCAUAACCAGUGUCUUGUUGCCCACCCUGAACCGCGCCAUCACCGAGAAGACCAACUACGACGCCAAGCACAAGGUAAACCGGCGUCGUCUAAGCUACGAGCGGGAGGAGGAGGAGAUACAGCGUGUUCCCAUCGCCCUGGCCAUGGUAAAGUUGUUGCAGAAGCUGCCCCAGGAGCUCUUGGAUAAUAGUCUACCAGGUAUCUUCAUGAAGGUGUGCACUUUCCUGCGAUCCCCCUUGAAGUCUGUGCGUAUGCUCACCCGAGACAUUCUGAAGAAGAUCAUGCUUACCCUGGGAGGCAGUUGGCUUGGCCUGCUUCUGGAGCAGCUGCAGUCCCUGUUGACCCGUGGUUUUCAGGUGCACGUGCUGUCGGUGACACUGCACGGCGUGUUGGACGCACUACGAGACCAACUGCAGCCGGCUCAUAUCGAACUCUGUCUGCAGAAUCUACUAGAGGUUGCUCUCAACGAUAUCUUUGGAGAUGUGAGCGCCGAGAAGGAGGUGGAUAAGAUUGUAUCCCACACGCCCGAGGCGAAACCAAGUGCCAAGAGCUAUUUGACACUAAACAUUGCUGCCCGUCACAUCAGGGACAAUUGUCUGCUUGAUUUGCUGCUGCCCUUCAAGGAGCAGUUGACGCGCACCCACUCCCGCAAGGUGACACAGAAGAUUCAGGAGUGUUUUGCCAAAAUUGUCGCUGGGCUGGUGGAGAACACGCACAUAGCACGAGAGAGUCUGCUGAUCUUCAUCUACGGCACCAUGUCGGAGAGUAUCACGGAUCUCUUGCCGGGCACCCAAAAGCGUCAGCUAAGCGACAAGCAGCAGGCACUGAUGCGUCGCGCCCGUCCCGACUGUCUGCUCCUGCAGCCGGCGCCAGGACGACGCAGCGUGACAACCGGCAACAAGCAGGUUAAGUCCAAUGCCCAGGCGAAUGCCCACAUUUUGAUCGAGUUCGGCCUAGAGCUGUUGCACUUUGUGCUCAAGCGCAAGAAGCUGGCGGACCUGGACUAUCAGCCCUUCCUGCAUCCGCUGCUGCCUCUGCUGCGGGAUGCCUUGAAGAGCAAUCACGCGAGAACCACCAGCUAUGCCCUCAAGUGCUAUACGGCCAUUUGGCUGGGCGACUACGAACUGGCCGAGCUUGACACUGUGCAACUGGGUCCAGUCGUCAGUCGCAUGUUUGAGAUUCUAAAGAACUUCUCCUCGUUUGGCGCCACGCGUCAGGAGGAAAAUGCGCAGCUAGUGAGGGCCAGCUUCAAGGCUGUGGUUGCCUUGCUGCGUAAGUGUCAGGAUUAUGCCCUGAGUGAGGAGCAGAUCGAGCAGCUGCUGCUCCACAUUGAGCAGGAGCUGCAGGAAGGUGAAUGCAGCAGCCAGACAAUGUGCUUCACGCUCCUUAAGGCGCUGGUCGGACGCAAGGUGGACACCCGUUCGCUGCACGAUCUGAUGAAGCGUCUGGCCGAUCUCUCCAUUGUUUCCCAGUCAGACCACGUGCGGGACGAGUCAAGGGGCAUCCUUACCACCUACAUCAUGGAGUACCCUCUGCAGAAGCGCAUCGAUCAGCUGCUCAAGUUCAUGUCCGUCCAGUUGGCCUACACUCAGCCCGCUGGAAGACAGUCUGCAAUUCAGUUUAUGCAUGGAAUCGUCAACAAGUUUCCCCUUCAACUCCUGGCCAAGCAUUCCGAGUUCCUGUACCUCUCCCUGGGCACGCGCCUGGUCAACGACGAGGACACCGCUUGUCGUCGUGCUGUGGCCGCCGCACUGGAGGCUUUGCUUGGAAGACUUAACAAACUACAACGUCAGCCUCUGCUGGAUGUGACCAUGCUCUUCUUUACCUCAUCGCAAUCCAUUCAAAAGCCAGGAGUGCGCGAAAUGGCCGCUGCGAUGCUCUCCCGUUUCGUCCAAGCGGAACGCGCCGGAUUCACGGAGCGCCUGCCCCUUGUACUCCCCACUCUGGUGGCUGUCCUCACACUGGGCGACACGGAAGCAGGCGGAAAGUUUGUGCGCGCUCCUGGACGCGAUGCACUUCCUCUGGCGGAGACAAGCGUGCCGCGCAAGCGUCGUCGCAAGGUACCCGAUGGGGAGCUUCUAUUGGAGGGUCUGGACGAGGAGGCUCUGCUGGAGCAGCAGCAACGCAGCAUUGACCAUCAGGUUAUCCAGCUGCAGUAUUGCCUGCUCAAGAUCUUUGAGCACUGCGGGGAAACAUUACUCGUUGACCAAGAGUUGGCACCAACAGUAGAUGAGCUGGCGUAUGCCAGUCAGCGUUUGCUUGGUCACGAGCAUAACUGGGUGCGGUGCAAUUCAGCCAAGAUUCUGACGCAGAUCUUGGCGCAGUACGACUACGACUAUGUGGGCCAGCAGCUGGUUGGCGUCAAGCGGGAAGAAGAAAGCGAAACAAAGCCAUUGGAGUUUAUAUACGCACAGCCGGCGCAGGAUCUUAAGAGCUUGGUUCUGGAUCUCUGCGCCCAGGUAACGCCUGGUGAGACGGCGCAGGAAAUGAUUGAUGAGCUGGUAAAGAUAUUACUCUAUGUGGCGCACAUGCUCAGGGAUGUGCCCUUUAGCGUUAAACAGGAGCCGGAUGCAGAUCAAUCCGAGCCAGCGCUGGCUGGCAAAAUCAAUCUGAGCUGGCUGGUGCGCAACAUACGCAUUCUGAUUAACAAGGAAGUUUCCAAGGCGCCACAUGACACCAGCAUUCGUACAGCGCUUUUUACCCUCAUCGAAGGUCUGAGCACCUUGCUCAGCGUUGAUGCCGUCACCCGCUUGGCUCCGACUCUGCUCCAAGCACUUGUGCGAGAAAUGUCCGACGAGGAUCAGAACGUUGAUGCCGAGCUGCGCCAGCUAGCACUGCGAGUGGGCAGCCGCCUCCGCAAACGUAUCGGCUCCGAGACCUACGACAAGGUGCGCAACGUUGUGCAAACCAAGUUGAUGGUACGACGCGCCGAGCGACGAAAGGCGGUUGCCCAGGAGAAGAUCCACGAUCCAGUGCGUGCGGCAAAGCGCAAGGCUGGAAUGCAGGAACGAAAGAAGGCGGCCAAGCGCCUGAAGACAGCUGUAAUCCGUGGCAAGGCCCCCGACAUGAAACAGAAGCUUAAAAAACGCAAACGAAAGGCCGAAAUGGAGAGCUUCUAAUUAUUUAUAGUUUUGUAUAUUACUAUCUGGUGUUACCCGACAUUGUCCGAAUUUUCAUAGUCGUCCAAUGUUGUUAUUCACAACAUAAGAGCAGAAAAAUUAUGCCCCACUGUUAAACCAAUAAGAAUAUGAUCUUAAGAAUAAAUGAGCUCAAAAUUAAAGA